CUUCAAUAUCCACACUUUCUCAUGACUGGACUUUUUUUAAUAUUCGGCUAAUUUCUUAUAUUUUCUACUGAGAUGUAAGCACUUCGCAGACGACACUCGAGGGUGGACCUGUUUUGCUAUAACAGUUGAAGAAGCCUGAAAGCGAUGGUAUACUACACGGUGCCAGCAGCCCUGUCUGUUAUCCUUGGUCUGGGUUUCCUGCUCUACUGGUAUCGUCGACGAAAUAAACCACACCUUCCAGCCCUCUACCACAGAGAUUCCGACCUGCUGCGUUUUGUUCUCAACAAAGUAUCCAGGUUAAACAAACCAUUCCUGCCAUGUUUCUGGCUUCAAAAUGCCCACAUUCAUACCAUUUUUGCGUCUAUGCGGCGCACAAAAGCGCUGACAUUCCACAGACAAUACUUCGACUUGAGCGAUGGAGGCGUCCUGGCUCUGGACUGGGUACAGAAUGAUCGUCUUGUUGAUUCUAGUCCGAUAGUUAUCGUUCUUCCAGGACUGACCGGUGAUGCCGACAGCGUGAGUAAUCUCUGUGAACUGACGUCGCGCAGAGAGUACAGGACUGUGGUGUUUAACAAACGGGGACACGGGGACAGCGUCCUACUCACGCCGAAGCUGCAAGGAUUCGGAGAUCCUUCGGACCUGCGACAGGUAAUCGAGUACCUGACGGAGACAUAUGAAAAAGCGUUCAUCUGCGCGAUCGGAAUAAGUGCCGGUUCGGGGUUGCUGGCGUCGUAUCUCGGCGAAUACGGAGAUCGUUCUCUGCUUGUGUGUGCGGUGGGGGUCUGUCCAGGAUACGACACAAUCGAUCUGUUCUUCCGGAAAAGAGGCAUUCCAAAGUUUUACGAGCUUCUGCUGUUGUCGAGUCUGAAGCAGCUGUUGAAGAAACACGACAAGGUCUUGUCGGAGCACAUUGAUAUGGACGCGGCGUUGAGCUCCAGGUCCUUUGUGGACUUUGACCGACACGUCUACUGCAAGUUCUAUGGCUACAACGACCCGCUGCAGUACUGGCAGCACAACAACCCCAUGAAGAACGCUCGAAACAUCUGUGUUCCUCUUCUAUGCAUCAGCAGUCUGGACGACCCGGUCUGCCUUCGUGAUCACAUUCCCUUUGAUCUGUUCUUGGAGAAGGAAAAUGUCCUGUUGGUUACUACCAAAAAUGGAGGUCACUGUGGAUUUCUGGAAGGGUGGGGGUCAGUGUCAUGGGCAGACAAUCUUGCCGUUGAAUAUGUCGAUGCAGUUCUAGAAUUUAAGAAAUCACUAUGA